AUGUCCACAGCAGGGUCCCAGGCGGGCCUCGAGACGUUCGACGCGCUCAACAUCGACUAUGAAAAGGCCUACCAUGACAACCCGUUCAAGGUGGCGUGUGUCAAGACGGCCAUUUCCAUGCUGCCGCCCGGAUCGAGGGUGCUAGAUGUGGGUUGCGGCACAGGCAUGCCCGUGUCUCAACUGUUAUCGACCGCGGGCCUCGAGGUCUUCGGCUUCGACAUCUCGCCCAAGAUGGUCCACUACGCGCAGUCCCGCGUCAAGGGCACGUUUGUCGUGUCCGACAUGCUCCAGUAUCAACCACCUGCGGGCCAGCAGCAGUUCGCGGGCGUGUUCAUCAUCUUCGCGCACCUGCAGCUCUCGUACGCCGAUUUCCACGCCGCAGCGUACAAGUUCGCCCAGGUGCUGCAGCCCGGUGGCAUUCUCGUGCUGGGUCAAAUGCCCGCGGACAAUUACGUGCGGGCCGAGUCGGAUUGGGAUGCCACCAAGACGUACGUCGAGGAUUACGACGCGCCGUUCAUGGGGGAGAUGUUGCCGACGCUGGCGCUGAGCGCCGAGGGCCAGCUUGAGUUCCUGCGGUCCAUGGGGUUGGAGAUUGUCAGCAACAAGAUCGACACGUUCCAGCCGAACAACCCCAAGUGUUUGCCCGAGGAGCAGCAGUAUAUCAUUGCGAGGCGGCCGGAUGACAGGCCUCUGUCGCCGCCGACGCCGCUUCCGAAGACAACGAGCUAG